AUGUCUAGGCCGGUUCCUGGUAGUUGGCUGCGAGGAACAGUCAUCCGAAAGGGUGGCAUCUCCACGGGUUCCAGCACUCGGACAAGUACACCACAGAUCCAGAGUACCUCGAACACAGUCUUCGGAGGGGGAGUGAAGGAUGCAUCAGGCAGGGUGUCCGAAUACUCAUCGAUGGACGAUACAUGUCCGGUAUGCAAGUCGGAUAGGUAUCUCAACCCGAAGCUGCGCCUCCUCGUAAGCGCAUGCUAUCACAAAAUGUGUGAGUCUUGUAUUGACCGACUGUUCACACUUGGUCCAGCACCAUGUCCAAUCUGCGCCAAGAUACUGCGCAAACUCGCGUUCACCCCGCAGACAUUCGAAGAUUUGGGCGUGGAGAAGGAGGUUGCUGUGCGGAGGCGAAUGGCCAAAGAAUUCAACAAGCGAAGAGAAGACUUCCCUGACCUACACUCUUACAAUGAUUAUUUGGAGGAAGUCGAGGAUAUCGCCUUCAACCUCAUCAACGACAUUGACAUCCCUGAGACAGAGGCACGGAUAACGGCAUAUAGACAAGAGAACGCCGCGCUCACCGAACUCAACGUCCAGCGGGAAGAACAGUACCAAAAGUACCUCAAGGAGAAAGAGGACGCCGAGCGCCAGGAACGCGAACAGCGCGCGCUCGACCUGCGGCAGAUCGAGGAGGAGGAGCGCGAGGAGCGCGAAAAGGAGCGGCGCGAGAUCAUCGACAAGCUCGAGACGAGCGACAAGGACGCCGCGAAGCUCAUCGCCCGCUCGCGCGCGGAGGCCCUCCGCCGCACGAACGCACGGCACUCCUCGUCUGCAGUCGCGCACGCGCGCCUGCAGCGCUCGCGCACAGCGCAGACCAUCGUCUUCGCGGAUGUGCCGCACGUGCCGCUUCAGGAUGACUGGUACGCGUACGAGGACAAGUUCGUCAUCCGAGACGACUACGAUGAUCCGGCGAGCGAAGCGGUGAGGCGCGACAGGGACGGCAUCAUGAGGGCCGGUGGGUAUCGCGUCGAGGAGGCAUGGGAGCGUGCACUACGAUCAGCGGUCGCCGGACUCGAGAUAAUGCCUUUGCAGGGCCUGUCGUCUCAGGAUACCACGGUUUCCGGUGGGCAGGAUGUACUCAUGACAUCGUGA